AUGAGCGGGGCCGCGGGCAAGCAGCCCCCCGCCGCCGGGGCCGCCGGCGCCGAGAAGGCGGCUCCGGGAGGGCCGCCGGAGCCGCCGCCGCUGCUGAGCGCGGACGUGACGGGCUUGGUGUCGCAGUUCGCGCGGAGCUUCGUGCUCAUCUUCCCCGUGUACGUGCUGGGCUACCUGGGGCUGAGCUUCAGCUGGGUGCUCAUCGCGCUCUGCGGCCUCUUCUGGAUGCGGCGGCACCGCGGCGGGAAGGCGUCGCGCCUGGGCCGCGCGCUCGCCUUCCUGGAGGACGAGGAGGAGGCGGUGCGGCUCGGCGUGGCCGCCACCGAGCUGCCGGCCUGGGUCCAUUUUCCAGAUACCGAGAGGGCAGAAUGGCUCAACAAGACUGUCAAACAGAUGUGGCCUUUUAUUUGCCAAUUCAUUGAGAAACUUUUCCGGGAGACCAUAGAACCAGCAGUGCGAGGAGCAAACAACCACCUGAGUACCUUCAGUUUCACCAAGAUUGAUAUUGGGCAUCAGCCUCUGAGGAUAAAUGGUGUGAAAGUGUACACUGAAAAUGUGGACAAAAGGCAGAUCAUUUUGGAUCUUCAGAUCAGUUUUGUUGGCAACUGUGAAAUUGACCUGGAGAUCAAGAGAUACUUCUGCAGAGCUGGGGUGAAAAGUAUUCAGAUUCAUGGCACUAUGAGGGUUAUUCUGGAACCGCUGAUUGGAGACAUGCCCCUAAUUGGAGCACUAUCCCUUUUUUUCCUUAGGAAACCUCUUUUGGAAAUUAACUGGACUGGACUGACAAAUCUUCUGGAUGUUCCAGGGCUAAAUGGUUUGUCAGAUACAAUAAUAUUGGACAUAAUAUCCAACUACCUGGUCCUUCCAAAUAGAAUUACAGUCCCCCUUGUCAGUGAAGUGCAGAUCGCGCAGUUGCGGUUUCCUGUACCAAAGGGUGUUCUAAGGAUACACUUCAUUGAAGCUCAAGACCUGGAAGGGAAAGAUACUUACUUAAAAGGAAUAGUCAAAGGAAAGUCAGACCCUUAUGGAAUCAUCCGUGUAGGCAACCAGAUUUUCCAGAGCAAGGUCAUCAAAGAAAAUCUCAAUCCAAAGUGGAAUGAAGUUUAUGAGGCCUUAGUAUAUGAACAUCCAGGACAGGAGCUGGAGAUUGAACUUUUUGAUGAAGAUCCAGAUAAAGAUGACUUCCUGGGAAGUUUGAUGAUAGAUUUAAUCGAAGUUGAGAAAGAGCGUCUUUUAGAUGAGUGGUUUACUUUGGAUGAAGUGUCCAAAGGAAAAUUGCAUUUAAAACUGGAAUGGCUCACAUUGAUGCCAACUGCUGAAAAUCUAGACAAGGUGCUGACAAGCAUUAGAGCUGACAAAGACCAAGCCAACGAUGGGCUUUCUUCUGCCUUGCUAAUUCUGUAUUUGGACUCGGCAAGAAACCUGCCCCAUAAUCCUUUAGAAUUUAACCCUGAUGGCUUGAAGAAGGCUGCUGUUCAGAAAGCCCUAAAGUCAGGAAAGAAAAUAAACAGCAAUCCCAAUCCUCUUGUUUUGCUGUCAGUUGGACACAAGGCGCAGGAAAGCAAGAUUCGAUACAAGACCAAUGAACCAGUGUGGGAAGAAAACUUCACUUUCUUUGUACACAAUCCCAAAAGACAAGAUCUUGAAGUUGAGGUCAGGGAUGAACAGCACCAGUGCUCUCUGGGGAACUUCAAGCUGCCUCUCAGCCAGUUGCUGGAGAGCGAGGAUCUAACUAUGCAUCAGCGGUUCCACCUGAGCAACUCCGGUCCCAACAGCACCAUAUACAUGAAGAUUGCUCUCAGGGUACUCUGUCUUGAAAAGCAAGCAAGAUCUCCAGACCAUCAACACUCAGCCCAAGUGAAGAGGCCAUCUCUUUCCAAAGAUGCAAGAAAAUCCUCUUUUAAGCCUCAGGUUCCUGUCCCGCCACCAGCCGACUCCAACAAACCUGUCCCAGCUUCCCCCGGGACCGACAGCGACAAGAAGACUGACGGGGCAGAGAAGAGUCAGCCUCCCAGUGCCAGUCCUCAGUGGCCGACAGAUCUCAGCCGAAGUUCCUCCAGCCUCCAUGCCUCGAACUUCAAUUAUUCUCCUAGUCACCUGUCGGUGAAAGAACCCACUCCCAGCAUCGCCUCGGACAUAUCCCUGCCCAUCGCCACGCAGGAGCUGCGGCAAAGGCUGCGACAGCUGGAGAAUGGAACAACUCUGGGGCAGUCUCCACUAGGACAGAUUCAGCUCACAAUUCGUCAUAGUUCACAGAGAAACAAACUGAUCGUGGUUGUGCAUUCCUGCAGGAAUCUAAUAGCCUUUUCAGAAGAAGGAUCUGAUCCUUAUGUUCGAAUGUAUUUAUUACCUGACAAGAGAAGAUCAGGAAGAAGAAAAACACAUGUAUCAAAGAAGACGUUAAAUCCUGUAUUUGAUCAAAUAUUUGAUUUCAGUGUUUCCCUACCUGAAGUACAGAGAAGAACACUAGAUGUAGCAGUGAAGAACAGCGGUGGUUUCUUGUCCAAAGACAAAGGGCUUCUUGGCAAAUUACUGAUACCUCUGGCAUCUGAAGAACUUGCUAAAGGCUGGACCCAGUGGUAUGAUUUAACAGAGGAUGGUACAAGGCCGCAGGGUGCAAGCUAGGCCCUCAGCACGGGGAAUUCGCCACGUGUAUUUUUGCCAACCUUUCUAUAUUUUUAAAGCAUUGCUCUCACAGAUGUACCAAUAUUAUUUUUAUAGCUUCACUGAUUUAGUUCUUAGAGACAUCCCAAAUAAUUUUAUAACACUUGUUCAUUUUAUGUAGUCAUAACCUUUCUCAUUGUUAAAAUUUGUAUUUUAUUUUGCUAAACAGUUCUGUGUUACUGUCAUGUGCAAUAGUAAAGUAACCUUUUGUGUUUAAAAUGACCUUUAUGGCAGAUGUACCUUUUAGAAAGUGAAAAGAUGAUGUUCUGCUGUUUUCCUGCCUUGUUUUAUAUAUCACCAAUGUAUACUGUACCAUGUAAAUACAUACUAUUUUUUUAUAAUUCUUCCAUGCUGGUUUAAAUUCAGAAGAAAUUAGAUAAAGGAUAUAGAUAUUUUCUUCUACAUGCAUGUGAAUUUUGUUAGAUGAUUCUCUUAUGUCUUUGCAGCACAAUGGUCUUAAUGUUGUUCAUUUUGUGAUACUCUUCAGAAACAAAUUGCAAAAGGCAUUAUGGCUUUUGUGUGUUCCUGGCCUAGUAUGGCUGGUUUGAAAUGUACAAAACGUUUAAAAUUUUAAUAUUUAUAUAUAAAUGUAUUAUUGGAAAAUCAUGCUAUAGAAUAUUAUAAACAAAUGAGAAUUCUAUAAUAAUGUAUAAAGAGGAGAUCCAUGAAUCAGUUUAUUAAUCUGGGUUUUCAUUUGAGGGAGUAAGCCUAGCAAACAGUCCAGAGUUUUAUUAUACAGGUUCACUUGCUUUUUUUGCUAUUUAUUCCCGUACUCUAUAGUACUAGACAUGUGACCUUCUAAACAUAUGAGUACAUGGAGGUUUUUCUAUGUUAUAAACAAAAUCUUGAACUCGGAACUGUCCUUACCUGCCUCUCUCCGUUGAUUUAAGGAGCACCAAUCAGCUUGCAGUGUAGGUUCAUACCGUAGGCAUACGUACAGCGCAUACAAUAUUUUUAUUAUUCAGUACUAUGCUAAACAGCAUAUUUUACCUUCAGUAAUACUCAAGUGGGGCACCAAGAGGUAAAGUGCAGAACUGGGUUCAAACUGUCCUGCCAGCUGCUUCGUGGCCCGUGGUGUUGGGGGCCUGUUGAGGGGGCUGCAGACGGGCCCGGAGGCGCCGAGCGCGGCCCGACGGGCUGCCCACAGACAGGGGGGCAGAGUCGUGGCCUCACGGUUCUGCUCUCCACUCUCAUGCCCUGAAUUAUGGGGAAACUUUUGUAGCCAGAUCUGGUUUUUCUUUCUUGGGAGUUUUUUUCAGACUGUUAUUAAAAUGUGCAUUAUGAAUCCAAGGGAACAGUUCGGCCGCCGCAGAGCCGAAAGCCUCAUCCUUGGAUAAGUAUGCAAUUAGACAGGCAAAGAAUACCAUUUAGCUAAGAUUCUAGAAAGAUCUCUCGGCCAAGAAAUGAUUUUUAAAGCAGAAUAAUAAAUUCCUGAGACUAGCUUUAUUAUAAAAUGACUGACAGAACCUUAAUUCUAGGUGUAGAAUAUGUCUGCAUUACUAGAUGUACCCAAGUGCCUACCAUAGAUGUAGCUUUGUCUUUUUCAAGUUUAGGAACUGACGCAUUUCAGUUCGUUUAAAUCGAGUUUAACAUGAGCAUCUAUUGCACAGAUGUGUGCUUGCACGCACCUCCAUACAGUGGUAGCCUUCCUAUUGCAACACUCUAUACAAGAGAAUUCCAGCAAAGGAACCGGGAUGGUGAAUUCCAUGUUGUUUUCUGAUGGGUUGGCCAAUAAGAGAGAGUUUCUUUAUAUGAGUAAGAGAACGUAUUUCCCUUUGAAGGCUUUGCUUUAUAUUGGAAUGUAUACAUAUCUAUAUGUGUGUGUAUAUUUAUAUAUAUACACACUUACCUGUUCACAUGAAAUGUAGUAUAUCAUUAUAUAUAUAUAUAUUUUUGUUCUCCAUUAAAGGAAAUUAGGAAAUCACUAACUAAAAGAAUUACUGUAAAUGUAAUGAAGAUGCAGAAAGCUAAAGCUGAUCUAAAUAAGAGGGGUAGUUCAGGAGGGGGAAGGACUUUCGCUGUACAUCUUGGCCAGUGAUUCCCUGCAGUUUCAUCCCAAGCCAACAAGUUAGUUGUUAGUCUGGGUCAGUGCUUCAAGUUUUAAGUGAACUCCGGGUUCAGAAAACAUUAGAGGACACUGUGCUUGAUUACAAAAAGCAGAAUGUAUUUUGUCUUCAGAAGGCCUAGGAACCUUCCUGACUGUCAGAAAAAUGUGUGAUGGGAGGACAAAGUGAGGAGCUGAAUAUGUAGGACAGCACCCAGAAAUAGGUGCUAAAUAGGUGUCCUAAAUAGAUUUUAACAGACCCAGAACCCAUUUAGGAAUUUGGAAUCAAGAGAUGCUAUUUCCUUUGGGAUUCAGCAAAAAAAAGUUCCUAUCGACAAUAGGAACAGGGGCAUGAUCAGCCUGGGGUGCCAAGCUCUAGGAAUUCUCUCCUGUGUGAACUUGGAUGAGAGUAAGGCUGCCUAGGUGAGACUGCUCCUGCUCUUGAUGGUGGAAACGAAUCUCUGGAUCGCAGUUCCUGAGUCCUGAGUGUCCCGUUUAUGUGGAAGAUCCCCACCUCAUUCUCAAGUCAAUGUAUUGAAUAUCACCUGACAGCUUUUCAUGUAGUUCUUUUUUAUCCUGUGCCUUAAAAUAUGAAGAUGUUU